AUGAGGCUUUGGCGACCCUUUCAUUCUAAUGUUUCUUACUACGCUGCAUAUAAUACUUUCUUCCCGAAUCUAUGUCUCUGGCGUCGCCUGUGGCCAGUCUUGAUGAACAUCAUCUCAAUCACACCAUCCUGGCUUGUUUCCUCGUGCUCUUGCCUGUUAACUUGUGCUCUCUUCGUCUUGCUCUUUGGACUCUUCAUGCCAGAAGAGCGAUACCCAAGUCUCCCAUUUGAUGUUAUCACGCGCCUUUCUCAGAAUCAGACGCCCAGCUCCUCGAGUCCCUUGGUUGUAUUUGACAAAUUUAAUGGUACCCGCCGCUUCUUCACAACUUAUGUUCUUAGUAAAGUUCGAUUAGUGUUCUUCUGCCUGUGA